AUGUCUAUCGAAGAAGUGGAAGUAGAAUCGCGCAAAGAUUCGUGGUUAGGUGAAGUUAGGCAAGCGAUUGCGACAGGAAACUGGGAGUCAAUAUCCAGUACGCGGAUAAAAGCAAUUAAAGACGAACUUUGUGUGUAUAAUAAUGUUGUGUUACGGGGAACGAGAAUUGUCCUACCUAAAAAGCUAAAGAAGCGAGUAUUAUCAAUAGCGCAUAAGGGACAUCCAGGUAUUGUUGCGAUGAAGGAUAAGCUAAGAAGUAAGGUUUGGUGGGCAGAAAUCGAUAAAGAUGCGGAAAAUUUUGUAAAAACGUGUGAGAGCUGCCAAAUAGUGCAAAAGACAGCUAAUAUCUCACCGUUGAAACCAAACGCGCUGCCGGAUAGUUCGUGGGAAUGUUUAGCGAUGGAUCUCCUUGGGCCUUUGCCUUCCGGAGAUUUCAUAUUCGUGAUUAUUGAUUAUUACAGUAAGUUCUAUGAAAUAGAGAUAAUGCAAUCAAUUACGUUGGCAGCAAUUAUUGAUAGAUUGAAACAUAUAUUCGCGAGGUAUGGUUAUCCGAAUAGAUUAAUAUCUGAUAACGGAAAACAAUUAGUGAGCGAAGAAAUGAGGGAAUACACGUCUAGGUGCGGUAUUAAACUUGUUCAUGUAGCGCCGUACUGGCCCCAAGCAAAUGGGAAAGUCGAAAGACAAAAUCGCAGUCUUCUUAAACGCAUAAAAAUUGCACAGCUUGAACGAAAAGACUGGAAACAAGAGAUAUUAGACUAUCUGUUUAUGUAUCGCUUAUCUCCACAAGCAUCGACAGGGGUUUCGCCAGCGGAACUAAUGUUCGGUCGAAAGAUAAAAACUAAAAUGCCAGAAUUGCAAGGGAUCAGAAAUAAUCUAGAUGAAGCUAUUAGAGAUAGGGAUGCUCAGAAAAAGCUUAAAAGUAAAGAACGAUAUAAUUUGCGGAACAAUGCGAAAGAAAGUGAGUUGAAAUUGGGUGACACUGUUCUACUAAAAACGAUAAAGCGGGAUAAAUUAAAUCCGGCGUAUGAAAGCGUUAAGUACGAGGUAGUUGAUCGAGCCGGUGAUAAUGUAACGAUUAAAAAUGCGGAUGGAAAAAUGUUUAAACGAAAUGUAGCGCAUGUCAAGAAAUUUAAUCGUGCAGGGCCUAGCAAAUCCGACGAAGAUGUUAAAAUAAUAUCAGAGCAAAAUGUCAAGGUAAAAACCGAAUCGGAGUCGCAGGAUGACUCUGUUGUUGCAACGAAGUCAGAACCAAGUGCUGAUCUUAAUGUAACGCAAAGUAGGCCUGUACGAGACAGAAAGUUACCAAAUCACCUAAAGGAUUAUAUAAUGCACAGCACAUAA